AGGCUCCAUUACUUUGUACCUUAUGUCAUGGACGAUUUAGAAGCCGUUUUGUAAAUAUCGGCUAAUGAUGUAGGCUAGCUGUGGUAAGGUAUCAAAACACCAUGUGAGCGGUCACUACGGGAACCAGAAAGUGUCCAACUUCGUCAACCCCGUCUCUGUUUGCAGCUCCUCCCCGCCUGCAUGUGGCAACUUCCGCAGUGUGUGGUUGAAGGAGCGUGGUCUAAUUCAGUUUGCAGGCAGUUAACAACAGCUUGUUAUCUACUCAUCUUUACAGCAGAUGCACUCAGAUACUGAAGUGUAGCUAUUUCAGACCACUGAACUGUUGAAGAAAAUGUUUUACACAUUUGCUUUUUGCUGUCUGUGUUGUUUCUGUCUAGUUGGAGUGUUUGCUGGUACAGAUGAACUGAAGUCAGUGUCAGUGAUGGAGGGAGAUUCAGUCUCUCUAAACUCUGGUCUCACUGAAAUACAGAACGGUGAAGAUAUAACGUGGAAAUUUGGACCUAACAAGAAUCUUAUUGCUAGAACUGAUGGAGUGAACAAUACGAUCUAUGAUGUUCUUGAUGGGAUAUUCAGAGACAGACUGAAGCUGGACAAUAAGACUGGAUCUCUGACCAUCAUGAACAUCAGAAAUAAUCAUACUGGAGUUUAUGAAGUUAAGAUCAGCAGCAGCGGCCCAUCAUCUACACACAGAUUCAAUGUUACUGUCUAUGCUCGUCUGCCUGUUCCUGUCAUCAUCAGUAACUCUUCAAACUGUUCAUCAUCAUCAGGAUCAUCAGUGUGCAUAUGUGUGCUGCUGUGUUCAGUGGUGAAUGUGAGAGAUGUGACUCUCUCCUGGUACGCAGGAAUGAGUGUAUUGUCCAACAUCAGUGCGUCUGAUCUCAGCAUCAAUCUCUCUCUACCUCUGGAGAUCGAGUGUCUGGAUGAUUCCUACAGCUGUGUGGUGGCUUCUUCAUUCACCAACUGGACCACACAUCUCAACACUGAUCUCUGCCAGACAUGUCCAGACUGUGUUUUCUGUUGUCAUGUUUCUGAAGCUGUCGCCCGAUUGGUCAUCUCUGCUCUGGUGGGUGUGGCUGCUGCCUGUAUUGUGGUGUAUGACAUCACAUCCAGAAAACAGGAGAGAACAUAACAGACACCAUCAUCAUCAUCAUCAUCAGACCCUCACAGAUUAAUCAUAUAAUGUCACAUUGUGAGGAGGAGGAGGAGGAGGAAGAGGGACUUGACUGGGGCUUUGCCAGAAUAUUUUUAAAUUCACAACACAACUUCAAUCAGUUGAUCUUGAAUAUUUCAAUGAUUAAUCCCUUUUCUUUUAUUAUUGUAACACUUAUUCUGUUAUAUAACUGAGAAUAAUGGGAUUGCUGGUUUAUUUUACUCUAUAGUUUUCUCUGGUUUAUGUUUUUCUUAUUAACAUUACUAUUAAGUAUCACGUAAGUUUUGUUUAUUACUCUGACAGUGGUGGUAACACUUUAGAAUACGGUUCCUUCGUUAAUAAAUAACUACACAGGAACAAAUGA